GAAGAAGGAAGAAAAAAACAGCUAAAAAAAAUUGAAAGAAAGAAAUACAAAGACGAAAGAUUGACGAAAAAGAAAAAGAGAGAAUAAUAAAAAUAAAGGGGAGAGAAAAAUAAUAGUGAAAAGAAAGAAAAAGAGCUAAAAAAGAACUGUAAGAAAAAGAAUAAUAUAAAAAAUAAACAAACGAGAAAGAAAUAAUAAAUAAAAAAAUCUGAAACGAAAGAAAAUAAUCGAAUAAACGAAAUAAAGGAAACAAAACAAAGAAGAAAUAACUGAAAAAAAAGAAAACAAAGAAAACAAAUAUUAAAAUAACAAAAGGGAGAAGAAAAUAGAUAAAAAAUAACAAUAAAAAGAAAAAAAGAAGCAAAUAACAAAAACAACAAUAACCUUAAAAAAGCGAACAAGAUAAACAAACAAACAAACAAACAAACAAACAAACAAAAAAUAAACAAAACGAAAAAAAAAUCUCCCUUCAACAUUUCCUAACUUAACCCUUUAGAACACGUGACUUAACCCUUUUACUUGUAUGACGCGCCCCUGAUACCCUUCCUCCCCUCUCCUCGUGGCCAGGGAGAGAGGGAGCAACACCUCCCCCUCGUGUGGAGUCUCGAAGGACACUGAGAGGCGAUCCGAGAACGAGUGACUGAAUGAACGUUAGUGAGGCGACGUGACGGGCCCGAUGUAGAGAGCAGCCAAGUCCAGCCCAAACUCGUCCUUAUUCAGCCCAAACUCGUCUUUAUCCAGCCCAAACUCAUUAUCCAGCCCAAACUCGUCAUUAUCCAGCCCAAACUCAGCUCUAUUCAGCUUAGACUCUCCCCAAUCCAGCCCAAACGUUAGCCAGCCCCUAGCCCUCAUCAGCACGCCCGUAAGCCCACGCCAGCCCACUCCCACACGCCCACACCCUCCACUAUGAGUAAAGAACACUGAAAACCCAAACCAUACAGUGAAAAGUGACCUAAGACACGCUGACCUAGUGACCCAACAUGAAGUGUGACCCACGUAGCAGUGACCUCCCGUCCAGCAUGACCUCCCCGAGCCUUGACCAGGGGGAGGGGCCACAGGAAGGCUGCUAUAGGUCAAAGGGCAAGGCGAGGAGGAGGCCACCCAGACCUGACCAGCCUGCCCUCGCUAUGCCCUGGGUCACUGGCCUUGCCCUCGUGACCUUGGCUUGUGUCAUGGCGCCCACACAUGCCCAGGACGGAGUGUUGCCGGAGGAGUCAGCGCCACGGUUCCUGGAGGCGAUCCCCAACAAAACGGUGGUGCUGGGGCGUGACGUGAUCCUGCCCUGCUCAGUGGACAACCUCAAGGGAUACAAGGUAGCUUGGAUAUUCGUGGAGACACAAACUAUCCUCACCAUCCACCACACAAUUAUCACCAAGAACCCCCGCUUUUCUCUCGCCCGCAACGACCACAAACACUGGUACCUGAAGAUCUCCGACGUGAGGCCCAGUGAUCGAGGUCUGUACAUGUGUCAAGUGAACUCGGACCCGAUGCUCAGUCAAGUCGGUUUUCUAGACGUUCAAGUGCCCCCGGACAUUAUAGACGAGGAGAGCAGCUCAGAGGUCGUGGUGAAGGAAGGCCAGGAUGUCACCCUAGAAUGCAGGGCGCGCGGCUCCCCUAAACCCAUCAUUUCCUGGAAGCGUGAGGACGGCGGGAAGAUCGACGUCAACAAUGGCAUUAACUUGAAAGUGACUGAUUCAGAGGUGCUCCACAUCCCCACCGUGUCCAGACUCCACAUGGGUGCCUACCUCUGCAUCGCCUCCAACGACGUGCCGCCCUCCGUGUCCAAGAGAAUACUACUGAAGGUGCAAUUCCAGCCCGUUCUGUGGAUCCCUAACCAGCUGGUGGGCGUGGCUCGAGGCAUGGACGUCACCCUGGAGUGCCACACGGAGGCCUUCCCACGUUCCAUCAACUACUGGACCGAUGAGAAAGGCCAAAUGAUUCUCUCCAGUCCAGGUGGGCGAUUUGAUACUAUUGUGGCAGAGAAUGGCUACAAGGCGUACAUGAGGCUCAAGAUCAAGAACAUUCAAGCGGAGGAUUUCAUGUCGUAUGGAUGUUACGCUAAAAAUUCUUUCGGGGAGACUAACGGAAAUGUGAAAGUGUACGAAAUUCCCCGCCAACUGCUGGUCAACUUCCCCGAGCCGAAGGAGGAGGAGACGGAGGAGGGGGAGAGGGAGGAGAGGAGGAACCACGGGGAGGAGGAGGAGGAAGAGGAGGAAGAGGAGGAGGAGAGACAGAAGGAAACUCGAGGAGAACCGAAGAGAGAGAACCACACGAGAACAUUUAGACGAAAGGGGGGAGGUGGAGGAGGACAGGACGACAGAGGGCGAGGAGGAGGAGGAGAGGACGCACGACCAGACGACCACCACCAUCACCACCCCGACGAGGACCACAACCACCACCACCACCACGACUUGGUUUCCACGAUGACUCCUGACGGGGUGAUACAGUUUGACGUUCAGAGACUCUUGGGUGAGGACAAGAGACAAGGUAAAGAGGAAGGAAGAGAAGGAAAUAAAAACUCAGGGUUCAGGUAUGGCUCCCCUUCUUUAGGCGUCUUCCCCCCGUCCUCCUCCCCUCGCCACGCACCUCCCCUCACCCUCCUCCUCCUCCUCUUCCUCCCCGUGUUGUGGGAAGUGGAAGUGUGACGCAGAAGAGAGAAAAAUCCAGGAUAUACUCCAUUUUUUGUGAUAUACUGAAGUACCCCCUUGAUAUACCAGUUUCCCCUUACCUUCCCCUCGCCUCGUGUUGCAGUGAGGGGACUGGCAGGGGGAGGGAAGGUGGGUGAGGGGAAGGAGUGUCUCUCAGGGGGGUAAGGGUCUCCUCCCCUCUACUGGUGUGAUAAGAGAAGCGAUCUCCUUUCAGUGUGUUGAGGGGAGACUUGGCUAUAUUAUCAUUAUUACAUAUGUCUGUAUAAAGCUGUUUGUUUAUUGUGUGUGUGUGUGUGUGUGUGUGUGUGUGUGUGUGUGUGUGUGUGUGUGUGUGUGUUAGAUACACUGGUUUCUUAUUUUUUUCUUGAUAUUUUUCUUUACAUAAUUUUUUUUUAUUGUUCAUUUCCCGUUUUCUUUUUCUUUCCAAUGUUUUCUUCUUUUCAAUAUUUUUUCUUUGUUUUUUUUUUCCUAUUUUUUUUUCAUUUCUUCACCUUUAAAUCUCACGAAACUGUUCAAAUAAAUCGUAUCCAAUCGUACAUUUAAGUUCUCCAAUCCUCUUUACAAUCAUCCCUUAAUUAAUACAAGUUGAUUAUAAUUACUCUUAAGUCUGCAGCAAGUAAUUACUCCCCACUAACCUUCUUAACUAUUACUACUAUUACUACUAUUACUUUAUUCCUAGUUUUAUCAAGUUAUUAAUCUCAUAAAAGUUUACAAAUAGAUAGUUUUAUUCUAUUAUUUACGUAUUUUUAGUUAAGUUUUGGUUCUAAGUGUCUUUUUUUUUUUGUAAUCUUAAUGUUCUUUUAUUUCUUUUUUCUUUUCAUUUUCUGUCUUUAUUUUCCAAGCUUUAUUUUCCAUUGUAUUUCUUAUUUUCUUGUGUUUUUCUUUUCUUUGUUCUCUUGCAUCUUCUUCAUUCUCUCUCUCUCUCUCUCUCUCUCUCUGUUAAUAUAUAUUUUUUGUAAUGUGUGUGUGUGUGUGUGUGUGUGUGUGUGUGUGUGUGUGUGUGUGUGUGUGUGUGUGUGUGUGUGCGUGGGUUUAUCUGUUAUGUACGUUAUAGUAAUAUCUAUAGACGCCCUGUACACCAAUAGUUCCCUUUGUAUGUACGUAGUAACACACACACACACACACACACACACACACACACACACACACACACACACACACACACACACACACACACACACACACACACCGCUAUAAUGCACGUCCUUUAUUCGGUUCGGUUGGACAGCAAAGGAAGAAGAAAAAAAAUGGUAGAAAAAUGAUCAGUUCGGUUCCUUUCUGUGAUAAACUUGAGUCCAGUUACGAAUAAGUGUCCGGAUAAUUGAAUAUUCGGUUACGGAUGGAAAUUACGAGGAAAAAGUUAUAUGCGUGUGAAGUUAGUGAUUUUAUGAACAGAAAAUCAAAAUAAAAAAAGAUUACAAAAAAAAAUUGAGUGAAAAUUGAAAUAUAAUCUUUUUUUUUUGCAUAAGAGAAAAAAAAAGAGAAUGAAAGAAAGAAAGGGAAGAAGAAGAGAAAGGGAAAGUAAGUGUAAGGAAAGAAAGGCCAUUAAGAUAAAAGAAGGAAAAAGUAGAAAAUAUGAUAUCUGAUGAUUACAUAAGAACAAAAAAGCGAAGGAAAAAAAUAAGAAAGGAAGAGAAAAAGAGAUUGAGUAACGAAGAUAAAGUGGGACAAUGCGCUUUGCUAAUCAGAUAAAAAAAAAAGAAAAAAAAAGAAAAGAUAACUGAUAAAACGAGAGAGAAAAGAAUAAAUAAAUGGCAAACAAAAGAUAACAAGAUAAGAGUAAAAAUGAAAAAAAGUAAGAAAAUUAUUUGAAUGACAAUAAAAAGAAAAGAAAAACGAAAAAAAAUAUAGAAAAAUAUAAACUGAUGUGAUUACGGAUGUGAAUAAUUCAGAUAACCGAACCGGAUAUGGUGACAGAGAUACGGAUAAGUGAGGCAUGUGUGUGUGUGUGUGUGUGUAUUAAACUUCACAACAACGUCCUUACAUUCUUUCCACACACACACACACACACACACACACACACACACACACACACACACACACACACACAAAUCUUAACCCCUUCCCUCUCCCUAAAAAAAAUAUAUAUAUAUGAAAAAAACAAAACAAAAAAAAACAAAAAAAAACAAAAAAAACACCUGCAUUAGUUCGGCUUUUCGCCUUUGUAAACUCAAUGUUGCCAAAACAAUAUUAAUGAUAAUCUAUAAUAAUAUACAAGGUGUUGAAAAGUGUGUAUACUUGGUAACACUGACUGACUGACUGUGUGUGUGUGUGUGUGUGUGUGUGUGUGUGUGUGUGUGUGUUGAAUUUCUCCGUAAUGUUAAUGCACAAAGAGAUAUGUUGGUCGUGAGGAAACAAACAUACAAACAAACACACAAACAAGUACAACACUAACAAGAUUUAUUAUUUACUAAUACAAACAAACAUCCUCAUUUCUUGAUUACGAAAAACAAACACACUCACAAACAAACAAACAAACAAACAAUAAGUAAAAACAACAACAACAACAACAACAGCAGCAGCUUAAAGAAAACAAACAACAUCAACAAAAUCACACACACAACUGAAAACGAGGUCAUCAAAGAAAACGGACAGUUCACCCCAGUAGUAUUUUUAGGGGGUAUCUCAUGUAAAACUCUUCACGAUACUCCUGUUUGUGCAUUCUGUGUGUGUGUGUGUGUGUGUGUGUGUGUGUGUGUGUGUGUGUGUGUGUGUGUGUGUGUGUGUGUGUGUAUACCUAGCGUUGUGUACACUUAAGAGGCUCUGCUGUGCUUCCCUUAAUAUUGUGUAUACAAUGAAACGCCCCUUGGCUCUCUCUCUCUCUCUCUCUCUCUCUCUCUCUCUCUCUCUCUCUCUCUCUCUCUCUCUCUCUCUCUCUCUCUCUCUCUCUC